AUGAGUGAUAUUACACAUAGGAAAUACAUACGUGGUAUGAUAGUACCCAGUAUCCUGUAUGGUCCUGCAGGCCGCUGCCGUACCUGCGGCGCGUCGUUCCCGCGCUACGAGCAGCUGCGGCGGCACGCGCUGUGCGCGCACGGCGCGGGGCGCCUGCCGCACGCCUGCACCACGUGCGGGAAGCGGUUCUCGCACGCACACUCGCUCACCCGCCACAUGCACAACCACACCAAGCAACUCUACCGCUGCGUCGUCUGCAAGGCGUCGUUCGCGCGCGCCGACCAGCUCGCCCAGCACCUGAACAGUCACCUCGCGAACUACAAACGUCUGAAGCCUUGAGCGGCGCUCGGCGAGGCGGGGGCGUGCAAGCACAUAAUAUAUCAACACUAUUAUUAUUAUAUUAUAUUAAUAUAGAGUUUUAUUUA